UCUGUGUUUCUAUAUACAUAUGUAUAUAUAUAUAUAUAUAUAUAUAUACAGAAGCUUUGACAGUGUGUUUAUUCUGUUUAUGUAUUGUUGUUCAUCAGAUGAGUCUAUAAAUUUUUACUGAAUGACAAUGGUAACAGGACCUGCUGAACAUGUGUGUGGGAUACAGGCUGACGUUAUAUUUGUCAUUGAAGGAACGGCUGUUAAUGGAGCGUACCUCAAUGACCUUAAAACAAAUUAUCUCGUCCCAACGUUAGAAUAUUUUAGUCAAGGGGGCAUAGAAGAUAGGGAAUAUGUUUCUGAGAAUAGCACAACGUUAUACGGAAUAGUGGUUUACCAUGCCGCUGAUUGCUUACCGGCACCUUGUACAGAGACUCUUGGACCUUACUCAAAUCCUCAUAAGCUGUUGAUGGUUCUAGAUAAACUCGAGAUGGUUGGUGGAAAGGGAGAGUCCUUUGCAAAUAUAGGUGAGGGUCUUGCCACGGGAUUGCAGUGUUUCGAAGAUUUACAACUGAGACGGGAACCAAAUACAGCGUCACAGAAACAUUGCAUCUUAAUAUGCAACUCGCCCCCAUAUCAGACCAUGAUUCAGGAAUCUUACAAGUUUGCUGGCCACACCAUUGAGCAAAUAGCUACCAUUUAUCAAGAGAGGAACAUUAACAUCUCCAUAUUAUCGCCGCGGAAGAUACCGGCGCUGUAUAAAUUAUUCGAGAAAGCCGGCGGUGACUUGCAAUCCUCGCAGACGAAGAAUUACGCCAAGGAUCCGCGACACUUGGUGCUGCUGCGUAAUUACAACCUGAAAGAACGGCCCGUCAGUCCGCAGAUAGGUGGUAACGUUCACACCGCCGCUGUUACCGCGGCACAGAUUCCCCUGAGUCCACUGCAGAGCAACGACAGUCCGAACACGAACCAGGUUCAGCAGAACAUCGCGCCACCGAAUCAGCAGCAGGGUCCGCCCUUCAGGAGCCAGGCGCCGCAGAAUAUUGCUAACGUACAUCAGACGGUAACGCCGUCCAUGGCGGCGCCGAUGAAUGCCGCACGGCCACCCUACAAUCCGCAGAUAGCCGCGCCGCCGAACUACCAUCCGGCAGGUGUGAAUAUUGCCGCCAGACCCACGAGAUGGAUGCGGCCCUUCAUAGCGCCGAGCGCGACCGCGCCCGCCAACGCGCAGGGCAGCGCGUUGAUAGCACAACUGACGCAGCCGCCUUCGUCGUUAGGACUCAACGUGGCUGCGUUCAACCAAAGAUUGGACGCUGGCAACAAUGUCAUGGCGCCUAAUCCGCAACAACAGCAGCAGCAACUCACGCAGCAACAGCAACAACUGCGAUUGACGAUGCAACUGCAGCAGCAGCAGCAGCAGCAAAACGCCCAACAGGCUACCAUGUCGAUGGCCGCCCAACCGACUCACAAUCAAUCAGGAUCGCAGCUCACCGUAUCUUGCAUUAGCCAAUCAGUACCCACUCAAGUGCCGCAGACUGUUACAGUGUCGCAACAAGCGCCAGUCUCAGUGUCUUCCAUCACGCAACAGAUCACACAUCCUCAAGCACAAAACAAUGUAGCCACUGGUACCGUGCAAGGUCAACAGCUCAUGCCGCGUGAACGUCAGAAUAUCUGGCAAGGCAUUGUAGAAUGGAUCGAGAAGGCGAAAAAUCCUACGGACGCGCAGAAACAAACGAGACAUGUUCCGUGCCAAGUCUCGGCUAACUCGAAGGACGGAGAUCCGGAAUUGAAAGCGGACACGUGGCCACCAAAAUUGAUAAUGCAACUGAUGCCGAAGCAGCUGAUAGGAAAUAUUGGUGGUUCUUAUUUGAAGAAUUCCAAGUCCGUUCUUUUCCAUCCAACGCCGUGCGAGGCGCUGGAAUCCUUAACAAAAAUGAUGAGCGCUGGAUUUGCUGGCUGUGUCCACUUCACUUCUGCUGCAUCGAGUCCAGCUUGCGAGAUAAAAGUUCUCAUACUCCUAUAUACCGCGGAGAAAAAGACGUACUUGGGCUUCAUUCCGAAUGACCAGACGGCGUUUGUCGAUCGCCUCCGUAAAGUGAUACAGCAACAAAAGACAUCUCAGGCUUCUAUGAGACAGGGACAAGUGAAUGCCAAUCCUGGACCAGGAAAUGCAAUUCCUGCACCCAUGCCUACCACAGGUGCACAGGGGGGUAUUCUUAUGUCCCAAACAAAUACCAUGACGAUGGGUGGCGGUCAGAUAACGCAAAAUGUCGUGUCCACCAACGCUCCUCCGCAGACUCUAACUUCGAGCAGUGGUCCGCAAGCGCAAAUGAAUAUGCAGAUGCUGAUUGACUUGAUGCGUUUACAGAAUAGCGGCAUUAGCGGCCCUCAGGCAAAUGCCGCCGCCGGAGGUAUGAUUGGUCAACAACGACCUCCGUUCGACGACAUAGAGAUGGCUCGGCACCAAAACUUAUUGAAGAUACAGCAUUUGCGGCAAACGUUAGAAGCCGCGCAGCAACAAGAGGCGCAAUAUAAAUCGCAAUUGGAAGUAAACAUUCAGCAAAACCUGGAAGUGGCGCAACAACAAGAAAUGCAAUAUAAGCAACAGCUUGAGGCACAACAGGCGCAGAGAGGUCUCAAUCAGGCCGCUAUGGCCAACCAACAGGCGAACGCUCAGAGACUGAUGCGUCCUGUCACCACCAACAAUCUCGGUCUAAGACAUCUGUUGCAACAACCGCAACCUCAAUAUAGGCAAGUAUUUGGAGUGCAGCAGCAAAUGGUUGGUCCAAGAGGACAGAUAGCGACGAGACCGAUGGCACCCGGCAACGCGCAGAACCAACAAUUUGAGGACGUACCGAAUUACGACUUUCUUAAUUAAAUAUUCCUAAUAAGAGUGUCUUUUUUUUCCUUUUUAACUACAAUUUAUCAGUAUUUAAGGAAAUGUAUAUAUUUGCGGGAGCAACGAGUGAUUGUAUUUACAUUUACACACACACACAUACACACAGCGUGUGCAAGUAAGCGAAACUAUUUGUACAUAAAACUAUAUGCGUAAAACGUGGGAAUGGAUUACCUUGUAUGGCGAAUACAGAAAAUAUUGUUAUAUACAUAUACAUUUUUGUUUCUGCAA